UUUCGUUUUCAGUCGACGCUUAGCGGCCGAACGGUGAGGACGCGUUCCUUCAGCGGCCGAAUCAAAGGACCGAUUCCGAUAAUUGACGAAUAAACGUGAGCUUAUUAAUUGGAUUUACGGCGGUGUGAUUGAGAAACAGAACGAUUUACAUAGAAAUUGUAUUGGUAAACGUGUUUCUAUUAACUUGACGUUUUUGAUCAUGGAAUUUAAAUUUUUUUAUGUGUCGUGGUGGACAUUGUGAGUUUUUUUGUGAAUUGUGUUGGUUUGUGAUUAUGGAGACUUGAAACGUGGCAGAACCGCAACGGAUAUUUCGACCUCGCCGUCUUGCGAAAGAUUAUCUCGAGAAUCGAUUCUCGAUAAUCAGAAGACCAGUUUGAUUCGAUUGUUGAAUGUAAUCGAGACGAAACAUGAGACUGUUACAGAAAGACAAAUAAGUGAGAAUGUGAGUGUUGUGGAUAGUAAUAUGGAUAGAAAUAAAAUCGUUGUGGAUAAUAUUAUAUAAAAUGAAUAGUGCAUCAAAGAGACUGGCUGUAAAGAAGAAUCAACAAUGAUCAAAAUGACAACGCUACACUCAGUGUUCGUUUGCAUGGCGCUGCAUUUUAUUGGUACAGUCAACACACUAAAAUCUCUACACAUCCACGUCCCCAAAGCGGUUUUAACCGGCCACGACGCAGAACUAAUGUGCACCUACGAGCUGGAAGGUGCACAGCUCUACUCCAUUCGAUGGUACAGGAAUAUGAUCGAGUUCUACCGCUUUGUGCCUAAGGAAUCUCCUGCGACUAAAGUAUUUCCAGUAGCUGAGAUUAAGGUUGAUGUAGCAGCAUCAGACCAAAACCGAGUGGUAUUAACUGAAGUAGACCGCACAUUGACGGGGGAGUACCAGUGUGAAGUUUCUGCAGAUGCUCCGCUGUUCCAUACAGAUAUUAAAGCUGCUAUGAUGGUGGUAGUUGAACCGCCUCUAGCAAGUCCAAACGUGACGUCAGAUCGUAUCUCCUACAUCGGAGGAGACCACAUCAGGGCGAACUGCUCGUCACCACCUUCUCUACCCGCUGCCAACAUCACGUGGUACGUCAACGAGCAAAUGGUGCCCGGAUUCACGGCGAACCACGUGCUGAACUUCAGCAACGGCUACGCGUCCAGCUUAGCAACGCUCGAGUUGGAGGCCGCCGUGCAUUCCCCAGUGCCUACACUCAUGAUACGGUGUGAAGCGUCAAUUUUCGACGUGUGGAGGUCGACAAGUCACACGAUAGUAUUACGUGAGAGGAGCGCAAAUCCUGCAUCUGCUUUGGGCAGAAGUUUUACAGGAGCUGCGACAGAAACCUGCCUACCUACUAUAAUGGUGUUGCUUCUCCAAUUCUUCCUACAACUUCUUCUCCAGAGGUACAGCGGGACGUCAAUAAGAUAGCUGUAACGCUUACAUGUUAUGUAGACUAAAUAAUUACGUUAAUAAGUACGUUUA